ACGAUGAAUUCGGCGAGAAGACAGUCUCGAUACUGUUGGACGGCGAGGAGUCGGAAAUGGUCUUCAUCGAUCAUCCACACGUGGAAAUGAGCGUGGAGAACUCUUUGUCGACGUACGAGCCGCAUGCCUGUAUCGUCGUCUAUUCCAUCGUGUCUCGCACGAGCUUCCAGAUCGCCGAGGAGAUAUUGAAUUACCUAUGGCGGGAGCACUACACCCAGGAGCGAUCGGUUAUCGUUGUUGGCAACAAGUCCGACCUCGAGAGAUGUCGCACAAUCUCGUCGAACGAGGGUAAGCAGAUCGCUGCGUCUAGGGAGUGCAAGUUCAUCGAGACGUCCAGCGGCAUACAGCACAACGUGGACGAGCUUCUCGUCGGCGUUCUCAAGCAGAUCCGGCUACGAGAGACGCGCGACAAGAAGCUGAAACGACAGGGCAGCAAGAGAAAGGCGCUCUCGAAGCUGCACGGUAGCAAGACCGCUCUCAGCCUGAACUUGGCACGCGAGAUACUCAACAAGAUGUGCUUGAACGACAGCAAGAGCAAAAGCUGCGAGAAUCUGCAUGUGCUCUAAGGACGGGCCGAUCGCAAUUGCCCUUCGAUUGGUAGACUCUCGAUAAGACUUUCUUCCCGAUUGUUGUAAAUAUCGACGCGUUGAGACCGAAACGACGGUAGAGCCCCUUGCCUUACGACUCUUUUUCACCUCGUGUUGUUUUUUGCUAGGUCUGUCGGACUCUACAGUGUACUUCGCGAAGGUAUCCUUGGCCACUGAAAGCCGCGGAAGAUGGAUCAACGGUGAUUAUCGUAUUAUUUCGCGGCACAUUGUAUGCGACGGCGCGCAGUGGUCACGGAUUCGCUCUCCGUGGCUGAAGAUAAUUUUAGCGUUGUUUCAAGAUUUAAGGUUACAGGCCGUUGAAUUUUUUUUCACAAGUUUUACAUGUUGCGAAAGUUUAUGCAAACUUCUAGAACACGUUCGUUUUUGCGUGAUACGAUGACGUCGUUCAGACGACUCGUGCGAUAUCGACGACGCUCGAUUCUUCCAACUAAAACGCUGCUGACCCCGCGUACACCCUUUACAUUAGAUUAGAUUACUGUUAUACGAAACUACCAUUCCCACAGGUUAUUAUCGAAAGGUCAGCGCGUUGUACGGGAGGCCUCACUUUUUCAUCGGCUACAAUAUUGCUAAUAAAACUGCACUGUCGCCAAAAAUUUCUCUUGGGGAACGCGACUCGAGAAAAAGUGUCCAAGUUUCCUCAUUCUUUUCCAUGGUGGUUCGUUCGACUAAUGUGAAAAUAUCGUUGAUAAUAUUAUUAUUUGAAACGCGCGUAAGCAUCGCUAAAAGCAACAUUCGUUUUCGCUCCAACAUAAGAGAAACGAAUAGCAUUCAUAGUCGGUAAGGUCUUCGCUGCGAGUUUGACUCGGUACUGUAAGACUUGGGGGUCUGCAAUCUGCAAGGUGACACAGUUUCAAAGAAACGAGCGAAGCCGACGCUUAACGUUUCGCGUUUUACAGCCGAGUAACCGUGAAAAUUUAAUUACAGCUGCCCGAUUGUUCGAGAUUCCUUAUCGGAGUCGUAACAAUUCCAACAAUCCGGUCUCCAAUCAUGGAUCGGCGCACAGCGGAAUAUUGGUGAUUCUUGUUAACGCUCGUUUCAAUAAGUCAUUAUUGCAUUUUCCAUUUUAGUCGGCUAUAAUAAUCGCUACGGUUUUUAGCGUUUCAACGUUUUGUCAUAGUUUCUUUCUCGCGCAAAAUGCAUACUUUACAUUACUCAAAAAUUAGAACGGACGUUCGAGAAAUAUCUUUAGCAGCGCGACAAAGACAUCGUUCGAGAUGUUCGACACUUUUUUUACAACCAAUUCCUUUUGUAUUAUAAUCGGAAAGCUUGGAAACAUGGCAGAACCGUAAAUAAUCGCUAGACCGCGGAUUUUAUGCAUUUAUAGGAAAAAUUGAUACAUCGAAUACAAAGCGCCGAUAACAUUUCAAGAAUUAAGAUAUAGCAUUGCAUUAUUUUCAACUCGAUAAAACAAUUAAAGGAAGGAAGAAAUGUCUCGGUAUCAUCUGUGGCUUGCAAUCGAUGCGGCCAAUUUUUAUUUUGCAUGAAGAUCCGCGAUCUAAUAAUCACAAGUACAUCGAUAACGAAAAAGCGAUCUAUACAUGUAUUUACCUGAGAAACUGCAGUAAAUAAGAAUUGCUAUAAUUUCUUUACGCUGCGUAAAAAUUACGUACGGACAGCCGAUAAUUCGGAGAAUUACUGAAACCUAUAAAAUCUCUGCACUGUUCGCAAGGAAUAUCGUUCUCCAGAAUUCUGCCCGAAGACACGAAUAUUACCGCUCGAUUAGCCAAAAUUCUAAAACUGACUUCGUGCAGCGAUUCGAUUUUAACGAUCUGUUACGAUGAUGAUGAUCUUCGCAAGGCACGAUCGUAAAAUUUCACAGAAAAUUCUCAGUCCGCGAGCGUGCGUUCGAUCGAUCGGUAAUCUCUACGUUCCUGGCCACUUAACACUUUAUCGACCGCUAGCCUAUUUAUCGGCUUUUCGAUUGCCAAUGUUUAUCGAUCGCUAGCCUAU